AUGGACUUCAUCUCCCUCCCCAAAAUAGAGCUCCACGCCCACCUCUCCGGCUCCAUCUCCCGCCAAACCCUCCACGAAAUCUGGUCCCAAAAGCCAUCCUCCUCCUCCUCCUCCCUCCCCGACCCCCUGGUCGAAAUGCCCCCAGGCAAACACGACUACGACCUCCAAACCUUCUUCCCUCUCUUCACCUCCUACAUCUACACCCUCAUCUCCGACCUCCCCUCCCUCCGCCACUCCACCCUCUCCGUCCUCCGCGACUUCCAGUCCGACGGCGUCGUCUACCUCGAACUCCGCACCACACCCCGCGCCAUCCCUUCCGCCAACAUCACCAAGCACCUCUACGUCCAGACCAUCCUCGGCUGCAUCGCCGAAUUCGAGGCCGGGGAAGGGUGCACCCUCCGGACAAAGCUGAUCCUCUCAGUCGACCGGAGGAACACCCUUGCCCAAGCGGAGGAGGUGCUAGAGCUCUGCAGGCAGUUUAAGGGGAGGGGCGUGGUGGGGAUCGAUCUGUGUGGGGAUCCCGCUGUGGUUGACAACCUCAGAUCUUUCACGCCCGUGUUCCGACAGGCGCGAAAGGAAGGGUUGAAGGUCACGCUUCAUUUUGCCGAGGCCGAGGUUUCUGGGACGGAGGAGGAGUUGGACUUGCUGCUGGGCUGGGGGCCGGAGAGGUUGGGGCAUGUGAUUCAUUUGGGCGAGGGGGUUAAGCAGAAAGUGAGGGAGAGGAGGGGGGUGGGGUUGGAGUUGUGUCUGAGUUGUAAUGUUCAUGCUGGUAUGGUUCGUGGGGGGUUUGAGGGGCAGUCACUUUGGGGAGUGGUGGAAGGUGGAGGAGGUGGUUGUUGUUUUAAGUACCGACGACGUGGGCGUCUUUGGCAGCCCACUGUCCAACGAAUACGCCCUGGUGGCCAAACACUUUGGCCUGGGCCGUCGGGAGAUAUGCAACCUCGCCCGAAAAGGCAUCGACGUCAUCUUUGGCGGCGAGGAAGAAAAGGAGAGGCUUCGAAAGAUAAUGUGGACCAAGUAGGAAACACUGCACCCAUCAACUACUCCAUUCUAAACCUAGCAGCCCCCUCAAUCUAUGUCUAUGUGCACCCUUCUACCUCCCCUCCCCCAUCCCAACCCCCCCGUCAGCCCAAACCACCAAGUUCCCCGGCCUCUCCUCCAUCUCCCCAAAAAAACUCACCACAUCCCCCUCCUCAUACCUCAAACUAA